AUGUGUAAUCUCUCCCUCACUCUCCUCUUCCUCCCUCACUCUCUCUUCUCCUCCAGCUCUCCCUCACUCUCUCUUUCUCCCUCCAGCUCUCCCUCACUCUCUCUUUCUCCCUCCAGCUCUCCCUCACUCUCUCUUUCUCCCUCACUCUCUCUUUCUCCCUCCACUCUCCCUCACUCUCUCUUUCUCCCUCCCUCCAGCUCUCCCUCACUCUCUCUUUAUCCCUCCAGCUCUCCCUCACUCUCUCUUUCUCCCUCCAGCUCUCCCUCACUCUCUCUUUCUCCCUCCAGCUCUCCCUCACUCUCUCUUUCUCCCUCCAGCUCUCCCUCACUCUCUCUUUCUCCCUCCAGCUCUCCCUCACUCUCUCUUUCUCCCUCCAGCUCUCCCUCACUCUCUCUUUCUCCCUCACUCUCUCUUUCUCCCUCACUCUCUCUUUCUCCCUCACUCUCUCUUUCUCCCUCCAGCUCUCCCUCACUCUCUCUUUAUCCCUCCAGCUCUCCCUCACUCUCUCUUUCUCCCUCCCCGGCCUGGCUCCCUAUUUUUCUACCUCCCCCUCUUUCUCCCUCCCUCUUUCUUUCUCUCGGACUAAACAAAAUUCCUGGGAAAACAGGCUCCUAA